AUUACUGAUAUAGUCUGUCCAAGCAAUUACCCUUUUUGGUGCUAGGUCUACUGAUUUUCUAAUCGGGGAAGAAGCAGGGGGGAAUUGCAAAAGAGAGCUCCACGUUCGCUCGCCCCGUCCGUGAAGAGCCAUGGCGGCCGCGGCCACGAUCCUCGAGUUGGACCCUUCACACGAGCGCGCCGGCCGCGUCAUCGACGACAUCGUGCGGCUGGAGAAGAGGAUCUUCCCGAAGCACGAGUCGCUGGCGCGCUCGUUCCACGACGAGCUCAAGCGCCGGAACACCGGCCUGAUCUACUCGACGUCCGGCGUCGGCGACGACGAGGAGGUCGCCGGCUACGCCAUGUACACCUGCGCCACCUCCCUCUGCGCCUCCAUCACCAAACUCGCCGUGAAGGAGAGCUGCCGGAGGCAGGGCCUCGGCGAGGCGCUCCUGCAGGCCGCCGUCGAGAAGUGCCGGAGGAGGCGGGUCCAGCGGGUGUCCCUCCACGUCGACCCGGCGAGGACGGCCGCGGUGGCGCUUUACCGGAAGGCCGGGUUCCAGGUGGACGCCACCAUCGAGGGCUACUACUCCGCACAGAGGAAUGCUUACCGGAUGUACAUGGAUCUCUAGAAAUCAUCAGGAUCGGAGCAUCAAGGCUUCUUCACUCCGCCGAUUGUGCUGUUGUUGAGUUCAAAUUGUUUUCUUCUUCUUCUUCUGAAUUUACAUGAGAGUUGAACUUAUUUACUGUGAAAUGUCUGCGCUCCAAAUGGCCCCAAAUAACAGUAUCUCGGUAAAAAUCUGCGGAUGUAUUACUCA